GGUCCGGCUUUACUGCUGCUACAUCUGAGUGGAAGUGUCCUCAGAGUGUGUGGAGAGAAGCUGGAGGUCACCACAUCCACUCUGACUGCACUGGAUAGACUGUUUACAGCUGAACACCGGCUCCUGGACGCACAAUUACGCGCGUGUGCCACACAGCGUCACUCCACGAGCGCACGUCGGACACCCAGGACAGCUUUAUUUUACUUUAUUUUGCAAUUCUAGUGAGUUAGUUUAUAGUCUGCAUGGUUUGGAGACUUGGAUAUUUUAAGUAGAACACCGGGAAUAUGCGUGCGUAAAAGUCGCUCCAUAUUUGUUGCAUUCAAAUCCGUGCGUCUGAUCCAUUAAAAUGCAGAUCCUACUGUUCACCACCGUGUUGUUUUACCUCAAGGAGUGCGUUAACGCAGAUCCCAAAGCCAAGUGUCCAACACGGUGCGAUGUGAGUACCUGUCCGAGCCCCAGCUGCCCCAGCGGAUACGUCCCGGACCGGUGUAACUGCUGCCUGGUGUGCGCACAGGGGGAAGGGGAGCCGUGCGGACGCAAAGACGACCUGCCCUGCGGGGACGGACUGGAGUGUAAGCACCCGGCGGGGAAGAGGCUGUCCAAGGGCUUCUGUCAGUGCAGGUUCAGCCACGAAGUGUGCGGCAGCGACGGAAAGACCUACGGCAACGUGUGCCAGCUGAAGGCCACCAGCAGGAAGGCUCUGCAGCAGGGGCUGACCGGGGUCACCCAAGUCCAGAAGGGACCGUGUGAGACCAGCACAGGUCCUUCACAUGCAUCCAGUCCUCGUUACAAGUUCAACUUCAUCGCUGACGUGGUGGAAAAGAUCGCUCCUGCUGUGGUCCACAUCGAACUCUUUCUGAGGCAUCCGCUUUUUGGUCGGAACAUCCCUCUGUCCAGUGGAUCUGGAUUUGUGAUGUCAGAAAACGGACUGAUUGUUACCAACGCCCAUGUAGUGUCCAGCACCACGCCAGUGUCGGGUCAGCAGCACCUGAAGGUCCAGAUGCAUAAUGGUGAUGUAUAUGAAGCCAGCAUCAAAGACAUUGACAAAAAGUCUGACAUCGCUACAAUCAAGAUAAACCCUCAGAUCAAGCUACCUGUUCUAUUUCUGGGCCACAGCGCCGACUUGAGGCCCGGGGAGUUCGUGGUUGCCAUCGGCAGCCCCUUCGCUCUGCAGAACACCGUCACCACCGGCAUCGUCAGCACAGCCCAGCGAGACGGCAAAGAGCUGGGACUGAGGGACUCUGACAUGGACUACAUUCAGACCGACGCAAUCAUCAAUUAUGGGAAUUCAGGAGGUCCUCUCGUCAACUUGGAUGGGGAGGUGAUCGGCAUCAACACCCUGAAAGUUGCUGCUGGAAUCUCCUUCGCCAUCCCCUCGGACAGAAUCACUCGCUUCCUCAAUGAUUCUCUCGAUAAACACAGUAAAGAUGUGAGGUCAAUAAAGAAGCGGUUCAUUGGAAUAAGGAUGUUAACCAUCACACCAGCGUUAAUUGAAGAGCUGAAACAGCAGAACCCAGACUUCCCUGAUGUUGCUAGUGGAAUCUAUGUGCACGAGGUUGUUCCUCACUCACCGGCACAGAAAGGUGGAAUCAAAGAUGGAGACAUUAUCGUGAAGCUGAACGGUAAACCUCUGCUGACCACUGCUGACCUGCAGGGGGCGCUGCAGGAGGAGACGGCCCUGCUGCUGGAGGUGAGGAGGGACAACGACGACCUGCUGUUUAACAUUGAACCUGAUGUGAUCAUGCAGUAGACGGUGGAAGGUGACUGCACUCAGGCUGAUUCAGACCCACAUCGAAGGCCUGUUUCUGUGAAAGGCCGUAUCCAUGGGAACUCUGCACCAGCGUUUUUAAAUGACCCUCCUGUUUAUUUAACUUGACUCUCACCGAAGUUAAAGGAGCAUCGCAGUAUUGAGGAUUUAAAGCUGUGCCUCCCACCUGCUGAGGACAGGUGGACCGUGGACCAGGUACAGACUGGUACAAGAUCUAAACCCUGCUAACAUAUGUUCAAUACUGUCUCGCUUUGGUUGCACGUUUUUAUCCAAUAAAAAAA